AUGACUACCAACACUGUUCUCCUGCUCUCCAUUCUCUCUCUCACAAGCAGCAGGGCAGAGAAUGCAGAGGAGCGGCUGGUGAACUACCUGUUGAGUCCAGAGCGCUACAACAAACUGAUCAGACCAGCUGUCAAUAAGAGCCAACAGGUCACCAUCUCCAUACAGGUGUCUCUGUCUCAGCUCAUCAGUGUAAAUGAGAGAGAACAGAUUAUGACCACCAACUUGUGGCUGUUCCAGGAGUGGAAUGACUACAGGCUGAGAUGGGACCCAGACAAGUAUGAAGGCAUCAAGAAACUACGAAUACCAUCCAAGCACAUCUGGCUUCCUGAUAUAGUGCUCUACAACAAUGCUGAUGGCGUGUACGAGGUUUCCUUCUAUUGCAAUGCUGUGGUCUCCAACACAGGAGACAUCUUCUGGCUCCCCCCGGCCAUCUACAAAUCGGCCUGCGCCAUCGAGGUUCAGAACUUCCCCUUCGACCAGCAGAACUGCACUCUUAAGUUCCGCUCCUGGACCUACGACCACACAGAAUUGGAUCUAAUCCUCACAAGCGACUUUGCCAGCCGUGAUGACUUCACGCCAAGCGGAGAGUGGGACAUCGUCUCGCUUCCGGCACGCAAAAACGAGGACCCCAAUGACAUCACCUACCUGGAUAUCACCUAUGAUUUUGUUAUCCAGAGGAAGCCACUGUUUUACACCAUUAAUCUGAUCAUCCCGUGUGUGCUGAUCACAUCUGUGGCUAUCCUGGUGUUCUACUUGCCGUCAGACUGUGGAGAGAAGAUGACGCUGUGUAUCUCAGUGCUGCUGGCACUCACUGUGUUCCUGCUGCUGAUAUCAAAGAUAGUGCCACCCACCUCUCUUGCAGUGCCACUCAUAGGUAAAUACUUGAUGUUCACCAUGGUACUGGUCACAUUCUCCAUUGUGAGCACCGUCUGUGUCCUCAAUGUGCACCAUCGCUCCCCAUCCACUCACCACAUGCCCGACUGGGUCAAACGCCUCUUCUUAGUCCGCCUGCCCACUUGCCUCCUCAUGAGGCGUCCAGGCUCUUCCAAUGUCCGCGAUAAACUCCGCCGGAAGUACGCCAACCGGAGUACUGUCGGGAAAAGCAAUCCCCAGACCGCCGCAGAGAAGAGGCAGUACUCCAACAUCAGACUCGGUGGGAUCCGGACAGACACUGACCCUAUCUACGUGAAUGAGGACUUGGCACACAAGUUUUGCUGGAAAGUGGGCGACAUCCCUGAUGGGGGUGGUGGGUUUUCAGACUUCCAGAGCCAUUCGGCUGCUCAGUGGGAUGCGGAUUUGGAGGAGGCAGUAGAUGGAGUCAGAUACAUCUCUGAACACAUGAAGACAGAAGACGACGAUGAAGGGAUCAUAGAAGACUGGAAGUACGUAGCCAUGGUGAUAGACCGUCUGUUCCUGUGGAUCUUCAUCCUGGUGUGUGUCGUGGGAACUCUGGGGCUCUUCAUGCAACCACUGUUCCAAAGCUACAACACACCCACUGCUGAUGACACAGAGUUUGGAGAUUUCUAAGAUUUAUGUGACAUGAGAAAGAACAUAGUAGAAAAGCAUCUCUCAAAGAAAGUACAUGUGAGGAGCUGCACCAGAUCUGGCUCUGAUCUGUCUUUCUUGGCUGGAUAUAUAAACAGCCUGAUCAAUGCAGCCAGCUACACUGGUUUUGUUUGCAACAGUGGACCGCAAAUGAAGACAGAAUCAUACUGGAACACUUUUAUUUUUACUGCAUGGCCUCUAUUUUUUAAGGACUAUGCUGCCCUCCAAGCUCUGCCAUCAUCACAGGCAGGUCAGUCUAGAUCUACUUCUAACAAAAUGACAUUGUCAUUGAGCCAAGAUAGCUUUUUUACAUAGCGUACAAGACAGCUGCUGACUAUCUUCCACAGCAUUUAACUUUCCCGAUGUAAAGAACAACCACAAACCACAAGGCAAAAAUACUGGUUCGUUGUCUUUGUUUCAUUUUGGACUGGCAGUGCUGCUGAUGAAACAUUUGGAGCUCUUUAAAGACUCUAGUGCAAUGGAGGCACAAAGGUCCAUUACACAUUAUAGCUUCUAUAAGGCCAUGAGGGCUGCUUUCCUCUGCAGCAUUGUUAAUGUGAAAAAUAAGACAACAUACCAAUAGUUCCUGUUGACACAGUACAACAGACCACAACUACUCCUUUCUCUACACUUCUCAAACCAAGGCUUACAGUAACAAAGCGAGGACACUUUGUCCUAUCCACCUUUUCUCUUCAUAAACAUAUUAAAGAGUCAUCUCAAAUGCUCUGUCCUUUUCUUAUUCUGUUUCGGAGCUUUGUGCCUCA